AUGUCGCUAGCUGUAGAUGUUAAAGAAUUGACCUUUUCUUUCCCACAUUCAACUGAUCAUGCCCUAGAGGACAUCAGCAUAUCAUUGCCGUGGAAUUCACGGAUGUUAAUAUGCGGAUCUAAUGGUGCUGGAAAGUCUACAUUACUCAAAUUGCUUAGUGGAAAGCAUCUAUGUCGAUCGGGAUAUAUCAGGGUUGCUGACCGAGAUCCUUUUGCAACGGUCAAUACCGCACUUAAUGAGGGGAUGGUCACUACGUAUCUUGGAACCGAAUGGUGUCACAUGAGCAUCAUUGAUCGCGAUAUCGGCGUGCUAGAGCUUCUGGAAAGUAUUGGAUUACAGCACUACCACGACCGGGGCAAGGAGCUGAUUGACAUACUCGACGUUGAUGUCAUGUGGCGCAUGCACCGCCUAAGUGAUGGUCAGAAACGCCGUGUGCAGCUUUGCAUGGGUUUGCUGCGCCCCUACAAGCUGCUGCUUCUUGAUGAGGUGACUGUAGAUCUUGAUGUGGUUGCAAGAGCCAAGUUAUUGAAGUUUUUGCAGCAUGAGACUGAAACGCGUCAGUGCAGCAUUAUUUACGCUACGCAUAUUUUUGACGGCCUCGCAGACUGGCCUCACACCAUUGUGCAUCUAUCUCAUGGACGUAUUCUCGAGAAGGUCGAUUGUGCGAGGUCAAUUCGCUUUGUCAAGGGUGAACCUGGUCGAUCUGUGGAAUUCACAGACCCCAUUACCAUCCCCAGCAGUCACAGCAUCUACCCACUUGCUGUAGAGUGGCUACUGAGAGAUGAGCACAAGAAACUUUAG